UUAUCGGUCGUCAUGCUAGCUUAUCUGUCCAAAAUGCGUUCGUCGGCGUCGGAGAUGAAUGGGGCCGAAACUACCCAGUUUCUCAAACUAUCCAGUGCCGUGUUUUACGGACUUUCCUCCUUCCUGAUCACCGUAGUCAAUAAGACUGUACUGACUAGCUACCGAUUUCCUUCGUUUCUCGUACUCAGCCUCGGCCAGCUAACCGCCAGCAUUGUCGUGCUGUUUGUCGCCAAACGGUUACAGCUAGUAAAGUUUCCUGACUUUAGCCGGGAUAUUCCACGGCGGAUAUUCCCGCUACCACUGAUCUAUCUCGGCAACAUGAUGUUCGGGUUGGGUGGCACCCAAGCGCUAAGCUUGCCCAUGUUUGCCGCCCUGCGCCGGUUCUCCAUCCUACUGACGAUGUUGCUCGAGUUGCUGGUGCUCGGAAUACGGCCAACGCUUGCUGUGAAAGUGAGCGUAUUUGCGAUGGUGGGCGGUGCACUGAUGGCUGCGCUGGAUGAUCUUUCCUUCAAUCUGCAGGGCUACAUGUACGUGAUGAUUACCAACACCCUAACUGCGGCAAAUGGUGUUUACAUGAAGAAGAAGCUGGACACAGCGGAUAUGGGCAAGUACGGACUGAUGUACUACAACUCGCUGUUUAUGAUACUGCCGGCAUUUGUCGGUACCUGGCUGGCCGGUGACAUCGAGCGUGCGUGGCAGUACGAAGGCUGGAAUGAUCCAUUCUUUGCCGCCCAAUUUCUACUGUCCUGCGUGAUGGGCUUCAUCCUAUCGUACAGUGUCAUACUCUGCACCCAGCACAAUUCCGCCCUUACCACCACCAUUGUGGGCUGCCUGAAGAACAUCAGCGUUACCUACAUCGGCAUGUUCAUCGGGGGUGAUUAUGUGUUUUCGUUACUGAAUGCGCUCGGCAUCAACAUCAGCGUGGCCGGCAGCUUACUCUACACGUACGUUACCUUCCGCAAAAAGCCCACCAGUUCGGGCGGAAGCUCGGGAGAUUCGUCGUCGGACAAGAAGCUGCUACUUCCGGCAGCCGGAAGGAUCGACAAUGUGUGCCCAAUCAACGUGUUCGCGAGCGAUGGAGCACCACCGCAGACACCACCAGAGAUGGACGAAUUUACUAAAGAAUUCCAUCGCAAUCGAAUCGAAGUGAGCGACAUUCAAAGAUUAAUCUUAAGCGCCGGAAGUUCUUUGGCAGCUCUAAUCGACCCACGAAGACACGAUAUGAUCGCCUGCCUCGGAGAAACAACUGGCCGAGAGGCGCUAGAAAAAAUGCUUUACUACAUGCGAUUGAGCGAAGAAGGGCAACAGAUACUGAGCGAGAAGCCCCGUAUCAAUACACGAACGGUGGAUAUGGAGGCGCUGAAAACGUUGCCGGAAAACACAUUUGGCUAUACGUACGUUAAAUUUAUGGAGGAUAAUAAUAUUACGCCCGACUCACGGAUGGAGGUACGCUUUCUGGAUGAUCCCGAGCUUGCCUACGUUAUGACGCGCUACAGAGAAACGCACGAUAUGGUACACGCCGUUCUCGACAUGCCCACCAACAUGCUCGGUGAAGUAACGGUCAAAUGGGUGGAAGCUUUGAAUACUGGCCUUCCGAUGUGCUAUGGUGGUGCUGUUUUUGGUGCUUUUCGACUACGUCCCAAACAAAGACAAAACUAUCUUCGCAAGUAUUUACCCUGGGCGCUGCGGACAGGCAACCGCAUCAAACCGCUCAUGACUGUGUAUUGGGAAAAGCGAUGGAAUCAGGACGUGGCGGAGCUACGCAAAGAAUUGAACAUUGAGCCGAUGAACGUAAAGUAACGAGU